UCUGUUAAAAAAUCAGACCUUUCCCAAACCACAGCUCGGAUUUAAAAAAAUAUUUUACAAAUUUUUUAGACGUUUAUUUCUUCGCACACUUGUCCAUCUACACACCGAAAAACUACUUUCUCCUCGUAUUGUCAAAUUAUUGUUUAACCGUGCUUCAAAACAGCCACAACAAGCAAAUGCCUGUUGGAUGAUGUUAAGCGAACUUUCUGCAUUUUUAGAUGUAUCUCCAGCACCGGCAAUUGAACAUUGGUCUGAACAUUUAAAUUUGGAUGAACAAAAUCGUUUAAUUGGUUAUAUGUCAAAAGUAAUUGCAAAUCGUGCUGAUUGUUUAAGUCUGCAACAACGGAAUUUUCUCAAGUCAAAUAUGGGUGAUGCUCUAACAAAUCACAAAGUAAAUCCAACAUAUAUUAACGCUGUUUAUUUUGCAUAUGCACGAGUUUUGAAAGGCGUAGCAAAAGGAGGAGACCAACAACUUCAGCAACCUUCAGGCCAUGCAGAAUUGGAACGUUUUAAUCAGCGUUGGUAUAGCAAAACUUUGAGAGCUCUCGAUAAAACAGUUUAUGAGGAAGGGGCUUCUGGAGAUGAAAUUGUUUCUUUUGAAGAACAAAUUGAAGACCAUCUGCGUUCUUUUCAAUCACCUCCGCCUAAUAAUAAUAAUGAAAAUCGGGAAAAUGUUGUGACUGAUAAACCAACUGAUGACAGAUUAAUUCGUCUACUUACAAGUAUUGGUGAAUGUAUUCAAUAUACUCCUGCACUUAUCAACAAACGUUUAUUUCGUUUAUUACAAGUCAUUAUUGCUUCGGAUAUGCUUAAAAAAGUGCAUGCUGAACAUAUUGCUGAACAAGGUGCCCCUUCAAUUGCGCCUUCUCAAUGUUUUGGCAGUCCAACACAUACAGUUUUUAGUGGUGCGCCUGGAUCUACUGUUCCAAAUCCUUAUCAAAUACGAAUUAAAAAACGAGUAUUUCAUUGUGAAUUGAUGACCCGUCGUGUGCGUGCAACAGCUGUUCUUACAUUGGGGAAGCUGUGUUUACAGGAUGAACAACUUGCCAAAAAAUGUAUCCCAGUAUUUAUUAGAGAAUUGAAACAAAAUAGUGAUCAUUUUGUACGAAAUAAUAUUGUUGUUGUUGUUUGCGAUCUUUGUAUUAGAUACACUUCUUUGGUUGAUAGAUACAGCACAAUAUUAGCUUCGAGUCUUCGGGAUCCUUCAAUUCUAAUUAGACGUCAAACAUUAAUGCUUUUGACAAAUUUGAUUAAGGAACAAUAUAUGAAAUGGGAAGGACCGAUUAUUUAUCGUUAUGUAACAACAUUAUUGGAUCAUGAUCCUUGUAUUCAGGAAUAUGCUAAUUUCUGUUUGACGGACAUUCUUCUACCUCAAUUUCGUGAGCGAAUGUUCUUCCACCAUUUUCUUGAGUGUGUUUUUAGUUUUAACCAAGUUAAACAUCCAUCACAUAUUAAACCAAUUUAUGAUGAUGGCUUUGAAUUACAUUCUGAAGUAGAUAAACAAUGUUCUUUGGAAGGUCGCCAGAAGUUCAAUGAUCGUUUACGUCUUUAUAAAUAUAUGGUUUGAUUAUCUAUAAUUGUAGUUGGUCCUCAUUUUUAAAUAUUCUCAAAAAUUGGGUACUCCUCGGUUUAGGAUGCGUUUUUUAAUUUUUGUUUAGUCUUCCAUGGGAUGAGAUGCUUAUUGUUAGGCUAUACCCCUAUUUUAUAUUUGGGUAAGACCGUUUUACUAACCCUCUAAUUCUAAUUGAUAAGGUUGACCCUCGUUAUAAGGUACGAGGAAGCUGUUUUAUUUUCUUUGGUUUGGUUUGUAUCAAGACACUGGCUUUGACGACCGGCCGCCACAACGAUUUCUUUAGUC